ACUCGAGUGACUAGACCACUUGGUCCGUGAACGCUUCAACGAAGAAACACAGACAGAAAAAGAAGAGAGAGACCGUGAGAGAGAGAGAGAAGAUGACGCUGGGUCUGAUCAACGCCAACCCCGUUGUUCACGCUAAGAAGGAACGGGUCGCUCGUACCGAAGAUCCUCAUGGAGACGAUGCCGUUGAUCCUCUUGAAAUUUAUGAUUUCGUGAGGGAUAUAAGAGAUCCAGAGCAUCCAUACUCCUUGGAACAGCUCAGUGUUCUUUCAGAGGAAUCGAUCACCGUCGAUGAGAAGCUCGGUCGAAUUCUUAUAACUUUCACACCAACCAUCCAGCACUGCAGUAUGGCAACUGUAAUUGGUCUAUGCCUGAGAGUGAAACUGCAGCAUUGUUUCCCUCCGCAUUAUAAGGUAGACAUCAAAGUAUCUCCUGGAUCUCAUGCAAAUGAAGAAUCAGUUAAUAAGCAGUUAAAUGAUAAGGAACGAGUUGCUGCUGCCUUGGAGAAUCCCAACCUUCGCCAACUUGUGGAUGAGUGUCUCUACUCCAAUGAACUUUGACCAAGUUCACUUUUGCACUGUACAGGGUGAACUUCACCAGUUGCCAAAUGCAAUAAGAACUGUUCUUUCUUUCUGUAUUAUGAACUACAUUUACUUAAUGUUAGAAGCUCUUUGCGUAUGUGCUUACUAUUUGUUGGGACCGAUGGAUGUACCUAGAACUGCAUGCUGAUAGCAGACUCCUUAAUGCACAAAGCCCCUAUCAAUAUAAGACUCUGAUUAUCCUAA